CAUUGUUUUCUUUCUUGCCUGAGCCAAAUUAGAACACAAAUUACCAUCAUGUUUACUCUUUAAUUUAGUUAAUUCCAUCUGAAAAAAAAAUCAUGUCCAAGAAGAAGCUUCACAAUCCCCUGAAUUUCUUCCAAGAAAAUCGUGGAGUAAAUCAACAAAAAGCACUGGAUACAGCACUCGUACAAUGUUGUCUGUCUGGAGAUGACGAUGCGGUGAUCGACCUUUUGCAGAAGGGAGCCUCCCCGGAAGGAGAGGCGUAUGCGAUGGCACAGAUUGCCAGUGGGGAAAACUUCAAGCGGCCGCUGAUGGCCGCAGUAAUGAACGGGCACAAGAAGAUUGCGCAGCUGUUGUUAGACAAUGGGGCUGAUCCAUGUGGCGUGAACAGGUAUCAUGUCCAGCCCAUCCAUCUUGCUGCCCAUGCCGGUCACAGAGAUUGUGUGACUCUGCUUCUCAAUGCUGGAGCAAACGCUAACGCGGAGACUUCGGACUUCAACGCGCCUGGUGUCUACAAAAAGCCAUUUCGAGGAGGAACCACACCCUUACACAUGGCAGCCAAGUUGAACCGUAGCGACUGCAUUGAAGAGUUAGUACAACGAGGCCAUGCUGAUCUUGACAAGAAAGACGUAAUUGGAAUGAAUUGUCUGAACACUGCAUGCCAACUUGGCCACGAAGAGAGUGCUCUCACCAUUCUUAGGCUGUCUCAAGAAAAGAAGAUAGCGGCUAAGUCAUCGAUAGGCACAGGAAAUAGCCCACUCCAUGACUGCGUACGCUGUGGCCUUCUAAAAGCGACAAAGGCUCUACUAGACUAUGGGGUGGAGGUGAACGCAGCUAAUCCAACUGGUUAUACUCCACUGCACUUUGCUAUGAUACAAACAAGUGAUGCUGGACCAGAUCUUAUACGAACUCUCAUACUGCACGGCCGCGAUAUUGAGGUCAACCUUCCGAACAGAAAAGGAUUAAAACCUCUUCAUCUUGUGGCCUUCAAGUCGGAUGGAGGAGAGCACUUUCAUCACGUACACACCAUCGAGUAUCACAUGUCCCGUGAUCAUAUCACCCUCGACCCCGGCCGACCUCGCUAUGACCCAGAACUGACCUGCUUCUUGCUGCAGUACGGAGCAGACUUUAACAUCGAGUAUCACGGCAGGUCGUUGUUACAACAGGAGAUCUACAACAAAGAUGACGAGGAUGACGAUGUCAUCUUAGAUACUAUCUUGCGAGCCACGGACUCCUUUGAGAUACCCUACCACCCCAGUCCAAGGGAUAGCCAAGUGUCACAGAUUUUAGAGAGGUUGACCAUGCUAAAGACUCUGUUCUCUAACCCGAGACCGCUCCAACAUCUGUGCCGUCUUCGCAUCAGGAGGCUCCUCAGACCGACACGUCUCAAUAGAGUCGGGGAGCUGGCUGUUCCCGAUCGCCUCAAGGAAUACAUCCUCUUGAAAUGUUGA